ACCCAAUCUGGCUUUCAUUAACGCCGUUGAAGAACCAUGCUUUGCAAAAAAACAAAUUGGAAUUGCAUCACCAAUUCCAAUUGUUGAUAAUCAUCCCGCUGAAAUCGAUGUCAGCAACGUUCAAGUAAAAUUAUCAAACCAAGAACGUAUUUUGAAGCCACAGAAAGUAGAAGUAGUUGAAGCUGCUCUGUCCAAACGAGAUUGUUUGGUAGUUAUGCCGACUGGUUCCGGCAAAUCAGCUUGCUUUCUAUUACCUGGAUUGAUUGAGCAUGGAGUAACUAUUGUUAUUUCUCCCUUGAAAAGUCUGAUGUAUAACUCCGAAAAAAACUGAGCAGACGACGUCGAAAUUUCAGAUUGAAAAAAAAAGCCAAAUUAGCUACGUUUAGUUUACAACUUUUAAAUCUAAACUAGUGAAUUGAAAUGAGUGACUUAUACCCGCCCUACAUGUGCCCAUCAUGUGAUGAAUGGCAUCACCCCCUGACAGUGACAGAACAAUGUCCGAACGUGCAAACUCAUGAGGGGGAAGAAGAAAUCAAUUCCGAUGGUGAACAGAAUUUUGAUUGGGAGGAGGAUGGUGUUCAACAAAACUGGGAUGAAGAAACCGAGGAUUUUGAUCAUCACUAUGGUGAUGAAAUUGUUGAUUUCAGCGAUGAUGAUGGGCUGGAAGACCUUGAAGUUUCUUUUUCUUCAACAAUGGAUCUUGAUGGAACAAUGGACGAGGAAAUCAAUUCAGAUCUGGUUAAAGAGGACGAACAUAAAAGGAAACGAAUGAGCGACGGAGAUAGCCCGCAAUUUAAACGACCAAAACAAUAUUAUGUCUACUGAUGAUGAAUGUAGUUCUGUGAUCUUCCUUUCAGGUGUGAAGAAUGGCAUCAUUACCUGACAGAACAAUGUCCGAACCUAGCAACUCAAGAUGAAGAGGAAGAAGAAAAUUCAGACGGGGAGCAGAAUUUUGAUUAGGGAGAUGAAAGUCAUCAACAAGAUUGGGGAGACGAAACCUUGGACCUGGAUCAUCACUAUUGUGAUGAAAUUCCUGCUGUAAGUGAUGAUGACGACUUGGCAGACCUAGAAAUUUCUUUUGCCUCUACAAUUGACCUUACAAUGGACGAGGAAAUUAAUUUGGAUUUGGUUGAAGAGUUGGAAAAGAGGAAAAGGAUGAGCAAUGAUGGCCCAAUGCAAUGUAAACGCCAAAAACUAAACUAGUUUUACUACC